AUGGGUGUUGCAGUUGUUGCAGGCGUUGCAGUCAUUGCGGGUGUUGCAGUCGUCGUGGGCGUUGCAGUUGUUGCAGUCAUCGCGGGCGUUGGCUUAGUCCAGCACAUCUAUAACUACUACUAUCCUACUAAUGCAGCGCCCUCAACAUGUACCUACAUGAAUUCCGAACCACCAGCAACCAUACCUGCAUCUGGACCACAUGCACCUAGUACAUUGCCCACCCCUGCAGCCACCGCACCAGUACUAUCCAUGCAGAGCUUUUUGCCUGCCACUGCAGGGAGCAUUCCAACAUCUUACCAUUCAUCACCAUCCUCAUAUGCUGUCAUCAACUUUAACAUACCCUUGAGCUCACUACUCCCUUCAGCUUGUGAUCUAGCCAGGCUCAGUGAUGCACAUGCCAAUCAAUUUGAGACUGUGCAGCCUGUCAUUACUAAUGUGCAAGAAGUCCGGACCACUACCGUCAAGUCAGAUGCUCCUCAAAAUACAAACACGGAUGCUCUUAGAGUAGCUGCAUCAACUGUUGCUGUCCUACACCUGCAAACAAAGCACCUCCAAGUUCGAGAGGAAUGUCCACCGCAAACCAAGGUACCUGCCACCUUGAAAGACUCUUUAACACAGAACAAGGCAUCUAUCAUCUCCCAUGCUAAGUCAGACUCUAUCGAAGAGGUUCAGAUGCUCAUGCUGAUCUAUCUGAGCUCUGGGAUGGUUGGCCCAAUGGAAGUUAUGCUCACUUGUUUUCUUGGGAGGAAGCUUAUUAAACAGAUUUCUUAA